GAUUCCAAUAUGGUAGACGCACAGUGUUGUUCAGGUCUAGUUAUCAUGUCGCCAGUUAUUGUGAAAAGUUAGUCCCAAAGAUCCAGUGAUAAAAUUCAGAAGCCUGGAUUUUUGGUUUUGAAUUAUUCCCCGAUGUCAUCUUGGGCCGGAUUCACAGACGAAGAGCUCCUCCGUUUGAGACAAACUGGAAGAGAAGAUGGGACAGCUCCAGAAAGCCUUAAAAAGUCAGCGAUUAACACUGCAAAACGACAACGACCUCGAGAGAAAGUAAGAUCAAGAGUUACGUCCUCAGAAAAAAUAGAGUUCGGGAAACAAGAAGGAAAUGACGACCAGGGCUCGAGAAAUCGCGCUCAGUCAGCGCAGCAAAACCCAGGCUCCAGAACCCACGGUGGUCAUUCAACUUCGCGGCUUGAUUCCAGGGAGGAAGAAAAGGAAAAUUCCUCUCCAGAGUGUGAAAGGCGGGGAAAAAGUAUAAGCCAGGUAAAAGAAGGGAAUGCCUUUCCCGAAGAACCGACAUCAGAAACCAAGUCUUUGGAGAAGGCCAAUGAUCAACAAGGAAAAGCUCUCGAGGUGGAUGAUGGCCUUCAAAAGCAGAAUGGUUCACGAGCGGAUAAAGAGGUGGAAAUCGUUCUCCCUAAUAUAAUCGACGAGAGUGAUAGAAUACAAGCUAUUGAGUUGUCAGCAUUGGAAAAGAUGCAAGAAAAACAGAAACAGAUUGAGCUGGAAAAUAAAAGAAAGAAAGCAGCUCUUCAGGAAACAAUAAAGAAAAGAUAUCAGAAAACCCAAGCAGAAGCCCAAGUUCUUUCUUUAGUUCAGAAAGAGUUGAGCCAUCUUGACAGUCUCCUGUCUGCUGAUGUGGCAAUUCUGCGAGACAAGAUAGAGGAGAGCAGUAGAGAUUAUCUUAGUGCACAAAGGAGGUAUGAGAAAGCAGAAAAAGAGUUUGUGGAGGCGAAGAUGGAUUUACACAGAAAAACGGAAAGGAAAGAUUUACUUACAGAGCACCUGUACACCAUUAUUAGAGAAAAUGAAUUGAGAAAGGCAAAAAAACUUGAAGAACUCAUGGCAAAGCUUAAUGAGGGUGAUCAACCCUCUCUGGAACAGAGCAAUUCUGACGUUUCGGUGCCAUUAGAGAAGGCAAGUAGAGAUGUUCCAGAAUCGAAAUCAAGUUCAUUUUCAUCACCAUGUGAUGACGUAGACGACAAGACUCCUAUUAAAGAGACUAAAAUUGACCUGGCAAAACAGGCCACGAUGUCUGAAGCGGUUUCAAAAGAAGAAGUUACAGUUACGAAUUGAUUAAGCUUCUUUUCACUUUGAAUAAACGUCUCAUAAAAUGA